UGUCUGUCCGUGUCUACAGUUGGCUAUAAAACAGAUGACCUGCAGUUUAUGUGGCAGUCAGGGGACCCUGUCCAGAUGGAGGAGAUCGCCCUGCCCCAGUUUGAUAUCAAACAGGAGGAUAUAGAGUAUGGCAACUGCACCAAAUUCUACGCAGGGACAGGCUACUACACGUGUGUGGAGGUGAUCUUCACCCUGAGGAGGCAGGUGGGCUUCUACAUGAUGGGAGUCUAUGCCCCUAAACUCCUCAUCAUGGUCCUCUCUUGGCUCUCAUUCUGGAUCAACCCUGACGCCAGCGCUGCCAGGGUCCCUCUGGGGAUCCUCUUGGUGCUCUCCCUGUCUUCUGAGUGCACGUCCCUGGCCUCAGAGCUGCCCAAGGUGUCCUAUGUGAAGGCCAUCGACGUCUGGCUCAUCCGAUGUCUGCUGUUUGGCUUCGCCUCGCUGGUGGAGUACGCCGUGGUGCAGGUGAUGCUCAACAGCCCAAAGCGCAUUGAGGCAGAGAAGGCCAAGAUGGCGUCCAAGGCAAAGGGGAAGGAGAAGGCGGCGGGCAGGAACAACACGGUCAACGGCACCAGCGGGACGCCCUGUCAUGUCAGCACGCUGCAGGUGGGAGAGACCCGGUGCAAAAAGGUUUGCACCUCCAAGUCGGACCUGCGCACCAAUGACUUCAGCAUUGUUGGCUCACUGCCGCAGGACUUUGAGCUCUUCGACUGCUACGGGAAGCCCAUCACCUUGCAUCAUGGCCUUAGCAAAAGCCAGGCCAAGGCCAAGAAACCGCCAACGCCCAAACCCGUCAUCCCCUCAGCCGCCAAGCGGGUCGACCCCUUUUCAACGUCACCUAUUGGUCCGUGUACUUGUGAUCAUGGAAUGAAUUUAAGGAUUUUGGGCACAGCCAGCUGUGCUUGUAGACCACAUUUUCUACUAAUUUCCAUCUUUGCCCUGUGAUCUCGUAUUUUGAUCCAUUCUUCCUUAAUUCAAGUUGUUAAUGUAUUUAUAUGAAUCUAUAUAUUAUUAACUAUCAUUAUUAGCACUAGAUAAAAAUCACAUCGUCCAUUAAUUCAUGAUUGGCACUAGGAAAAGAAGAAAAGCAUCACAGGUGUAUUUCAUGAGAUGAGUAAUAUACAAAUGAUUUGACAAUUAAGAAAAGAAUAAUCAAUGAAAAAUUGAUCAAGAAUUAAGUAUUUUUUUAAGUAUAAAUUAAAAUAGAUCCAAUUAAUUAUUUAUUGAAAAUAUUAGUGUAAAUGCCAGGUCCUCUGAUUUUGGUGCUAAUUGCCGGAACUUGCUUGCAAGUUUGGUAAGAUGGCAUUGGCAAAAAGUUUACGAUUGCAUGUAAAAAAUUGCUUAUAUGAAUAUAAAUACAGUAUAUUAGAUCUAUCAAUGUUUAUUAAUAUGACUUUUUUUUCUCCAGUACUCCUGUUGAUAUGUGAAACAUCUUAUCCUUGUUCAGAUGGUUAUAUGACAUUGCCAUGACGAGAAUUGUAACUUAUGACCAUCUCUCACAUGACUACAUAUCAUGUGUAAAUGGGUUAACAAACUGACCAUAUAUAUAUUAUUUACAAAUGUGCAAUUUACAAACUAACCAAUAAAUGUUUAUAUGAAUCACA